UAAGGAAGAAGACAAUUCAGUAUUCCUCGUAAAGAUUUGGUCUUGCGUACCCAUUAAUGGACAGCAACGAGGAGGGCAAGAGUAGCUCGAGGAGGGCUCGGUUGGAUGAACCCGACCCUGAUCUCAGUUUAGCGAUGUCCUUGCAAGAGCAGGAGGGAGGGGGAGGGCUGCCGCCGCUCCCAACCAUUGUGAGCGAGAGCGACGAGGAGGAAGGGAUCGAAGACAUUGAAGACGAUGAAGACGACAACGACGACAACUAUGAGUAUUCAGCGGAAGACUACGAAUAUUUCUCGAGCCGGGGCAUCAACGGGGACUUUGGGCUCUUGGAGGGAAUGGACAGCAAUUCUGAGUUGUUUGGGACGAUAGAGGAGGACGAGAUCGACCCCGACAAUCUGUCCUACGAGCAGCUGAUCGAACUGGGGGAGAUCAUCGGGGAGGAGAAGAGAGGCCUCUCGGCGGAGCAGGUGUCUUCAAUCCUACAGCCAUUCACGUACAAAUCAGUCGAGCGGGGCACUGACCUGUGCGUCGUAUGCCAGGUAGAGUACGGCGAGGGCGAAAAGCUCACUGCCCUCCCUUGUGACCAUCCGUAUCAUCCGGAAUGCAUCAGCCAGUGGCUUCAGGUCAAGAAGACGUGCCCAAUAUGUAGCACCGAGGUUUCGGAGCCAAAAACUACUAGGAAGAUUUGAUUCUAUUUCCAACAUGUACAAAACUGAACAAUCCAAGGUUUGUCUGCGACUCGAAGAUGAAAAAGCCAGUUAAAUUCCUUUUCCUGGUUGAAAA